UGGUAACCUGGCUCUUAAGGAUGUUUAUUACAAAAUGUACUGUGAAAGGAAAAGGGAGUACAGUUGGAUGGUCAAGGAGGCUAAAAAGAACAGUAAUACUAACCACAUCUUACAAUCUUCCAAUCCAUGCAAGUCUGCUUGGGAAAUAGUAAACAGUCACAGGAAAUCUGGUCCUGUCCCCAUGACUAUGGCGACUCCUGAUGAGUUCAAUAAUUAUUUUGCCAAUGUAGCUGAUAACAUCAUUUCAAGCUUGCCUGAUGUGCAGACAGACCCUGUUGCAACAAUGAUGGACCCUAUACCAGGACUGAGGCUUAUUAAGUGGAAGGAGACGACACGACCCUGAUGAGCAGAGGGAGCGACAUCACCCAACUACGUUUGGAAGCCAGUUACCUACUAGAGGAGGCUAAAGAUUGGUUCAACUGUAAUAGACUUAAGAUAAAUGAAGAAAAAACCCAGACGCUGCUUUGCACUCUGAAGACUGGGGUCCCCUUCCAGGAGGCGGUAAAGCUGUUGGGGUUCUGGCUGGACUCUAAGUUAAGUUGGAACGACCACUUAUCAAAGGUAUGUACCAAACUCUCUCGAGUCAUUUACCUCCUGAGGAAGCUAAGGGCUUUGAUAACCAGACCUUAUCUUUUGACUGUGUAUCAUGCCCUUUUUCAUAGUCACCUGAUGUAUGGCAUUGUGCUGUGGGGACAUUCCCCGGCUGUUCGGGAUGUAUUGCU